AUGGGCAACGAGUGCUUCCUGGCCGGCGCCACCGCGCACCUGCCCCCCGCGGAGCAGAACCUUGCCAGAUACAGACUCCGUGUGGUUGAGCCACCACCACUGCCUGUGGGGAAAAGCCCCUCCCCUGAUGAAGAUGGCCCACACACUGAGCCCAACCUGUGGAUGUGGGUGAACCCCAACAUCGUGUUUCCCCCCGGAAAGCUGGAGGUCUCACAGCCCAGGAAGGGGGAGGGCCUGACCAGCACACUCCCCUCCCCUCUGCUGCCCCCGAAAGAGGAAGACUGUGCCCACUGCUCAGAGGCCGAAGUGGGGGAGCUGCUGCCCGCGUCCAUUGGGGAGCAGUCUCCCCCUCCGAAGCAGCCCCUUUCUUCCCCCAGCAGCUCGGAGCUCACAGAAGAGGAGGAGGCUCAGGACCAGCACGACGGCUCCUCUGCGGCUCUCCCGUCCCCUCACAAAAGGGCCCCCCUCCAGAGUCGGAGGAGGCUCGGGCAAGCCACCAGCCAGGCGGGGAGGCCCUGGCCCCGGCCCCCUCUCAAUUACUUCCACCUCAUAGCACUGGCACUGAGAAACAGCGCCCCCUGCGGCCUCCACGUGCAGCAGAUCUACAGUUUCACCCGACAGCACUUCCCCUUCUUCCGGACGGCGCCCGAGGGCUGGAAGAACACCAUCCGCCACAACCUCUGCUUCCGGGACAGCUUUGAGAAGGUGCCGGCCGGCUCCUGGCCCCGGGCCUGCCUCUGGAGGCUGACGGAGGAGGGCCGCCGCCGCUUCCAGGAGGAGGCCCGGGCCUUGGCCUCCGCGCAGCUGGCAAGGAUCCAGCAGUGCAUGAGCCAGCCAGAUGUGAUGCCCUUCCUCUUUGACCUGUAAGUCCAA